AUGAGAUUGGUCAGUGGUCACACAAAAUACUGGGCUUGUACUGGGAUUGGAGCUCACGCAGCAAUACAUUUGGCGAAAAAAGGCGGACGCAUCGUUUUAGUUGGUCGUAAUGAAGGGCGUUUGAAUGACGUUAGUAGUGAAAUAAUAAAAGACAACGCACCGAAGCCGUUGAUUAUUGUAGCCGAUGUGACAAUGGAUGCUGAACGCAUAAUUCAAGAGACAAUCGAUCAUUUCGGUUCAUUGGAUGUUUUAGUAAAUAAUGCGGCUGAAAUUACAUGUGACACUGCCGACAAUAUUGAACUUGAGGACUUUGAUCGCAUUAUGAAUACGAAUGUAUGCAGCAUUGUUCAUCUAAGGAAGUUGGCAGUACCACAUCUGGAAAAAACGAACGGAAACAUUUCAAACGUUUCAAGUAUUGCCGGUCUCCGUACAAAAGUGAAUUCAUUUGGACAUUCUAUUUCAAAGGCUGCCGUUAAUCAGUUAACAAAAAACGCAGCAUUGGAUUUGGCUUCGAAAGGUAUUCGUAUGAAUGCAAUCAAUCCAGGUGCCAUCAAUUCACGGCACAACAAACUGAAAACUAUGUGA